AUGAGAGAUGCAUCAGAACUCAAGAAGUCUCCUUCACAUCCCCUGAAGAAAUUUGUAGUGUGUAACAUUCCUCUGUACAUCGUGUGUGACCACAAUGUCAGCAGAGAUCAGUGUCAGGGACUCGGGUGCUGCUUUCGUAAAGGUGUCUGCUAUGAAAAAGCAGUUCCUACUCAUGUGCAAGUGUUUUUUGCCUUGAUUGUGAUCAUCACUGGGGCCUUUAUUUUCACCGUUAUUUACAAAGUUGUUCAAGAGAGGAGAGAAAAGGAAGUCUAUAGAAAAUUACUUCUGUCAUCCAAGCCCAGUGGUAAAGCUAAGGCAGCCCACGUGGGUAAGCAGGCAGCACCGAAGGCUUGGACUGGCACAGCAUGGAAAAGUGAUAACUGUGAAGAAAGCAUGGAGGGAGUGAACAAGGCCACAGGCGACAUGGGGGCGAGCUGGAGUGGAGCCUUUUCUCUGGUCCAGUCGCUGAGAGUAGAGGAUUUCAUCUCGACUGAGAGCAGCACCCAAUCAGCGCUUUCGGAUGAAUGA